AUGUCUGCGGCCAAGGACCAGAAGCCAUUGCCCUUCCAAUACCAGUUCGCCGCUGGUGCGGUGGCUGGUGUGUCUGAGAUCUUGGUGAUGUACCCAUUGGAUGUUGUCAAGACGAGAGUUCAGCUGCAGAAGGGCGUCGCCGUCGCUGGUGAGGAUAGCUACAAUGGCAUGUUCGACUGCUUCCGGAAGAUCAUCAAGAACGAAGGUUUCUCCCGUCUGUACCGUGGUAUCAGCGCCCCUAUCCUGAUGGAGGCACCCAAGCGUGCGACCAAGUUCGCUGCCAACGACAGCUGGGGUUCUUUCUACCGUAACUUGUUCGGCGUCCAGAAGCAGAACCAGGCGCUCUCCGUUCUGACCGGUGCCACUGCCGGUGCUACGGAGGCCUUUGUCGUCGUUCCUUUCGAGCUGGUCAAGAUUCGUCUGCAGGACAGGGCUUCUGCUGGCAAGUACAACGGCAUGCUGGACGUGGUGAAGAAGAUCGUCCAGGCUGAGGGUCCUCUGGCGCUGUACAAUGGUCUGGAGUCCACUCUGUGGCGCCACAUCCUGUGGAACGGAGGUUACUUCGGUUGUAUCUUCCAGGUCCGCGCUCAGCUUCCUCCGGCCGAGCCCGGCAACAAGUCACAGCAGACUCGUAAUGACCUGCUUGCCGGUACCAUCGGUGGUAUCGCCGGUACCGUUGUCAACACCCCCAUGGACGUUGUCAAGUCGCGUAUCCAGAACUCUCCCAAGGUCGCUGGCGUCGUUCCCAAGUACAACUGGGCCUGGCCUGCCGUUGCAACCGUCAUGAAGGAGGAGGGAUUCGGUGCCCUUUACAAGGGAUUCAUCCCCAAGGUUCUCCGACUGGGUCCUGGUGGUGGUAUCCUCCUGGUGGUCUUCACCGGUGUCAUGGACUUCUUCAGAAAGAUUCGAAACGAAUAA